CGCUGACUUGCUCCAGGCCCAGUGGUUUUCCCUGAUUCGUGGACGACGGCUGACACUAUGUCGGAGACCGCGCCUGUUGCCGCUCCCGCUGUCUCUGCUCCCGGCGCCAAGGCCGCCGCCAAGAAGCCGAAGAAAGCAGCGGGCGGCUCCAAAGCCCGCAAGCCCGCGGGCCCCAGCGUCACCGAGCUGAUCACCAAGGCCGUGUCCGCCUCCAAGGAGCGCAAGGGGCUCUCGCUCGCCGCGCUCAAGAAGGCGCUGGCCGCCGGCGGCUACGAUGUGGAGAAGAACAACAGCCGCAUCAAGCUGGGGCUCAAGAGUCUCGUCAGCAAGGGCACUCUGGUGCAGACCAAGGGGACCGGCGCUUCCGGGUCUUUCAAACUGAACAAGAAGCCGGGCGAGACAAAAGAGAAGGUAACAAAAAAGAAGCCGGCAGCCAAGCCUAAGAAGCCAGCGGCCAAGAAGCCUGCCAGCGCUGCUAAGAAGCCCAAGAAGGCGGCGGCGGUGAAGAAGAGCCCCAAGAAAGCCAAGAAGCCGGCGGCUACCGCGGCCAAGAAAGCUGCCAAAAGCCCUAAAAAAGCUGCCAAGGCUGGUCGACCCAAGAAAGCAGUGAAGAGCCCAGCCAAGGCAAAGGCAGUGAAGCCCAAAGCAGCCAAGCCCAAGGCAGCCAAGCCCAAAGCGGCAAAGGCGAAGAAGGCAGCGCCUAAAAAGAAGUAAAACGACUGGGAAACUAGUUUGCUCAUUUAAAUAAACCCAAAGGCUCUUUUAAGAGCCACCCA